UCAUUUUAAUCGCGCAUUCAAAAAAGUUUUCUUCUUUGCAAAGCGCUCGUGCGUCUGGACGAGAACAUUCCAUAGAGAACGUUAAUGCUGAGGUGAAUUAGUUUGUUUAGCGCACGCGCCAUGGCUCAUAAACAGAUCUACUACUCAGAUAAAUACAACGACGACCUCUACGAGUACAGGCAUGUCGUUUUGCCACGUGAGUUGGCCAAGCAAGUGCCCAAGUCCCACCUGAUGUCUGAAGACGAGUGGAGGAGGCUUGGUGUUCAGCAAUCCCUCGGAUGGGUGCAUUACAUGAUUCACGAACCUGAACCUCACAUCCUGUUAUUUAGAAGGCCUCUUCCGAAGUAGCAGUGACACUGAGACCCACCGAUUCUCUGGAGCCUUCCUGUGGAUUGUUCUGGUAUUCAGUGAAUACUUGUGACCUUUAAGAUUAAAUCCUCCUGUGCAUUUAGCUGGAUUUUUCACAGCGCCUUCGCUCGGACAGAGAAUCAGGACAAUGCUAAAACCAUACUUAAGUGUUCAGGAUUUUUUAAAAAGGGGUCAAACAUUUUCAAUAACGAUUCUGCCCAGGAAAACGAUUAAUGUUGUUCUUCGCUACAUCUUUAGCAUCGGUAUCAUGGACGUCGCCUUUUUGUGACUGAAGAUGAAAGAGGUUUUUUUUCCCCCACAGUAUUUUAGUUAACUUUUAGUUUCUUGCAGAGUCUCGUAUGGACGAGGCAUAUUCACCAGGUUGGGUGGGAAUAAUACUUUAUGGAAGGCAAUCAAAGAAAGCGUACACUAGUCCUUGUUUCUUUUCAGUCGAUUUUGAUUAUGAAGCAAAGCACUGAAAUGUGGAGAGACCUAAUGCUGGGGAAUAAAACCACGAUUUUUUUUUUAUUCAUAAAAAAAAUAAUGGUAAAUGCAAAUCCUUAAACACAAAUGCUUAAACUUCUGUAAUGAUGUCAGGAUUAAUGUGUAAAUGUUUGUGUACGAAGCGCUAUAUACGGUCAAUUACCAAGGAGAUGGCAACGAAUAAUGUUUUUGCUGUAAAUGUGCCUUAAAAUGCAAAGUAAUGUUCAUUUUAAGAAAAAUGUUGACAUUAAGAAAUGGAAAAUGACUUGUCAAGUAAAAAAAAAGACCAUUGUGAAGCCAGCAUGUCAUGUACAAUCUAAUAAAUAUAAUUGCUUUUUCAUAUUGAA